CUCCGAGAAUGGUGACGAGAGAGCGGCUGCGGUUUUCAAAGUGCGGACUUCUCCACCGGCGUCGAAGAUCACAGUGAUCCAUCCAGCAACUGAUCUCAUCGUGUGCUUUUCAUCCAUGGCCUAUACAAACAAUGCCUCUAGAGUCCCUCAUUUCCGAAAGCGCCUACACCAGCAUAUUCGCUACAUUUCGCUUGGUCCAAUUCGCUGUUGACCUCAAAUGCGUCCCAGACUGCUCGAGAAUAUUCGUACGACUGGUGGAGCAGGUGGCAGAGGACGUCGAGCAUGCUCUGCGCUGUCGAGCUGACGGUGCCAGACUCUUCGAACACUGUCCCGAAUUCUAUCGGAAAUGGUCUUCCAAUGCGAUCGAUUCCACCUUGAGAGCCCUCGAUGAACUUGGCCAGCUCAUCCUCCGAGGCGCCGGCAACGAGUCCAAGCUGGAUGCUAGACUAGAGUACCUUUUGAAGAAUUACGACAAACUCGCGGAUCAAGAAAGAUCAUUGAAUUACUCCCACGCGACGCUCCUGGCCGCUAUCAGCGCUAUGCAUAUGAUGGUUUUCCAAGCUGGAACAUAUGUGGCCCGCCCCUCCUGGUCACCAAUGUCAAGUGGCGACCUAGGACGCGCCUCAAGCCAACGCCCUGCGCCGUCAUGGCCUUCUGUUUCUCGUCAGACGUCGUUCGUUUCUACUCUGGGCUCAUCUGAGGCUACAAGCAACGAGAAGUUUUCUCUCUGUUCCGACAUUGGCAGGCUCAAUCGAAGUAAUGGGGCGGCAUACGCUCAAAGAGGUGAGUGCACACCUACCAUGCGAUCAUCGACUCUGAGCUCAGGCUGAAUCUUGAAAUCAAGCCCAAGGCAGUCUUAAAACUCCUCAAGAUUUCGGGACAGCUAAUCUGCCGGAGCUUGACUCCUCGAACAUUACAGAAAAGGGUUCAUAGCCGAUGCGGUUUGGGGUUCUUCAAUAG